AUGUCAAUAUACCUUACAAGACAUGGCCUAAGAGAGGAUUGGACUAACCGCGAGUGGAAAAAGACAGCACCAAGACCAUCAGACGCACCGUUGUCUGCCGAUGGCUUCCUGGUCGCCGCCGAGCUGGGCGAGGCCUGCAAGAACAAGUAUUCAGACAUCCAGCACAUCAUCGCAUCCCCAAUGGAGAGAUGCAUACAGACGGCCACAGAGAUUGCCAAGCAACUUAACCUCCCAAUCAAAGUUGACUAUGGUGUCAUCGAGUAUCUCGGUCACUAUCCUGAGGAGGAGUUACAGCCACUAACCAAUGCCGAGUUGUCUAAGACAUACCCAAUCGACAUGACAUAUCAACCAACAACAACUUCAUUUCCAGGCGCAGAGUCAGAGCAGGACUUGAUGAAUAGAACAAAGAUUGCUAUGACUCGUCUACAAGAGAAGUUCAAGGGGGAGACGUUUAUCAUUGUGACACACGCUGCCACAUUGAUUGCACUGGGCAGAGCAGUGAUUGAUGACAAUAACUAUCCCUUCCGAUCGGGUGUAUGUAGUCUUACCAAGUUUGUCGAGUCAAAGCUUUCGACUGAGGACAAUAAGUGGACUGUUGAGUUCACAGGCGAAGUGUCCCAUCUGAAGAAUGGCGAGCAGUUCCACUGGACCUUCCCAAGACCAAAGAAAUAA